GCACUUGCGUGACUGUAAUAUUUAUAGAUCUUACAAUAAAUAAAUGCUUUCCAUCCAUUGACAUGUACACAUAGCUAGCUAGCUCCCUCUCUUUUUUCUAACUACCAUUUCUUGCUUUUUACAUCUCUUCUCUCAUUCAAUCUUCUUCUUCAACUAGUCACAAUUUCAAGAGACACUAGACUUAGUAGAUAGCUACCUUUUCCAUAACACACCAACCAAAUUUUUACAACCUAUGAUAUAUCGUAUCUUUGUUUUCAACACAAACAAGUGAACAACAACAUAGUAUAACAUAGGACAUAGGACAUAGUAGUUUCACCAACACAAAAAGUUAACAAUUGUAAAAACCAAAAUGGGUUGUUGUGCUAGUAGUAACAGAUCUUUAUUGUCAGAAACAAAAAACAAUGAUUUUCAACCAUCAAGAUCUAGCAUUUCUCAUGUCAAAGGUUUAGAAAACAGAGCACCUCCUUCUGUUGAAGAAGAAACAGUUAAGGAAGUGUUGUCUGAAACAUCCAAAUGGAAGAAACCAAAUGAAAGAUUCAAUUUUGAAGUUGAAAAGCCAAAAUGUUUUGAAAAAUUUGAUAGAGAGAAUAGUAAGAUUGAGAAACCGUACUACAAAAUUGAUGAGAUCUCUGAAGUUUCCGAGGUUUGUAGUUUGAGUGAAAGUGUUUCUACAAUCACUGCAACUGAUCGGAGAGAAGAGGAUGAAGAAUCUUGCAAAAGGGUCAAUGGAUCUCCCGCUAAAAUGCGCAAAAAUCGUACCUUUUCCGGUGAAAAACGAGAUUGGACGGCGGGGAAGUCGCCGGUGAGAAGGUCGGAGCAAUCUCCGGCGAAAAGAAAUGGUGGGUCGGUGAGGAUUGUUCAAAAGAGAGAUCAAAUGGGUAAUGGUGGAAUGAAGAAUCAGCCUCUCCGGCGAGACUCCGGCGAAAAUUCCGGCCGGCGAUCUAGGUCGCCGGCGACUCGGACCGACAAUGGGUCAACGAGAUCUGUAGUGGGUCGGAGCUUAUCUGCAAGAAGAAUGAAUCAGUCGCCGGGGAAGGGAAGAACCGCCGCGCCGGAAAAUGAUGGCCGGAAAAUGGAGAAUUCAACAAUGGAGAGUAAAUGGCCAUCAACAACAAAUGAUGAGUCACUGGAAAAUCCACUUGUGUCAUUGGAAUGCUUCAUUUUUCUUUAGGUUUGAUGAACUUAAUUGAUUGCAAAUCAUAGUUGCUAAGUAUGAAUUAUAAAUUUAUGUACUUUCUUUAGUUAAUUGAUUUAAUUAAUAGUGAUAUUAAGUUGGAGAAUGCUAACAA